AAUUAGUGAUAACAGUACGUCUAAUCAACGCGUUCCGACUAUUUUCCGAGUUUCCGCGUAAUUCAACUAUCGUUGAGCUAGGUAGUUUGUCACUCGCAAUCCGAAAAAGUCUCGCUUCCUCGUUUCAAGCAUUAAAGCAUUGUCUGCACUGAAGCACGGUCUUAUGACGGACACACAUGAAGUAUCUCUAGUCGUCAAGAACUAGCCUAUCGCCUAGACUGGUGGGCUCGACCAUCGAUGUCCCGAGUGAGGUAACGGAUCGCUGAAGAUUUUUUUUUGCCCCCAUUAAUUGGUGUACAAUUUAUCGGUCACUAUCAGUUAGUAACGAACACUUUUGUUUGCUGCAGUCCUCGUUCCAUAUGAUUGUUACGCCGACAUGGCCGAACAAGGCGCCAUCGAUACGAACCCUAAACAUGACAAACCUGCCGAAGAAAUGCUGUCGGAUUGGAUCCACUGCAUUUGCAUCGUCACUUUUGACCUGGAGUUUGGCCAGGCGAUGGAGAUGGUCUAUCCUAACAAUGUCAAAUUGUCCGAGGAAGACAAAACAAACCUCUGUUACCUGGCUUUUCCCGACUCCAAUUCUGGUUGCAUGGGAGACACUCAGUUUCACGUCAAGAUAAAAUGUUCUCAACCUUUGAAUCUCAGUCAACGCCAUAUAAAUUAUAACACAAAAUGUCCAGUUUUCUUACAAGCUGAUCAUCGUUGUUUGUAUGGGUUUGUUUUCUUUCGACAAAUCAAAGAUCUGUCUCUUCCACGGGGUUAUUUUCAAAAAAGUGUAAUUAUACUAUCUCAGUUGCCAUUCAUUAGUUUAUUUACUGAAGUUUGUGGUACAAUAGCACCUGAAUAUUUUAAACACGGGAUUACUGGAAUAGAAGUAGCAUGGCACGAUAUCAAACAGUGGCCAGAUUUAUAUGCGGGAGAAACAGUGAGCUUGCCAUUACUGGGGAUUGUUCUUCAAGCUCAACUGAUGUGUGAUAAUAAUAAAAUCAGCAACUCAUCAAACUCAAUGGUACCUGAUUAUCAGUUACCAGUAGUUGUAUCAUCAUUGUACGAAUUGAAUACAUUUGGAUGUUUUUCAUCGAUUGUAUCUCAAAUGCACCUUUUAUGGGAAUUGGUGUUAACGACUGAACCCAUCGUUGUGAUGGCUUCAUCACCUACCUACAGUUCACAGGUUGUCCAAGCUUUAGUUAGUUUAAUAGUACCAUUGGCUUAUUAUGGAGAUUAUCGUCCUUAUUUUACAAUACAUGAUAAUGAGUUCAAGGAGUAUAUGAGCAAAACACUGAAUCCGCCACCUAUAAUACUUGGUGUAACAAAUCCUUACUUCACAAAAACAUUACAACAUUGGCCACAUAUUGUAAGAGUUACUGAUACAUUAAAAAAAGACACCACAAAUAAAAGUAAAGUAAGAAAAGGAUCGAAUCUGAAAAUCUUAGAUGCUAAACCUGGAGUUUAUACUGAGUAUAAACCCUUUUUGUAUAAAGAUAAAUCAAUAGUGAAAAAACUUCUCAGAGGAAUGCAAACCAAGCGCCCGGAAGAAGUGCAAUCAGCUCUAUUGCGACGACACUUUUUAGAACUCACCCAGAGUUUUAUGAUACCACUUGAACGAUACAUGUCAUCUUUAAUGCCUUUACAAAGAAAUAUUUCUCCCUUUAAGGCGGCUCCUAAACCCUGGCCUUUUAAUCCAGACAACUUUUUGGCCAGUUUAGAAUAUGCUGGACCUCAACUGACAUGUGGUAUUAAAGGAGAUUGGAAGGGACUUUACAAGCAAUUUUUUAGAUCUCCAAAUUUCAAUGGUUGGUACAAUAUUCGUUACAAAGGAAUGAUGAUGAAGCUUCAAAUCUUGCAAAUUGAAGCCCUAUCUAGUGUGGAUAUUAAUAAUUGGCUUGAAGGAAAACAAGAAGUAGAAAUUGUUGACAUGAUACUGAAAAUACGUCAGAAACUGGAUGAAUGUGAAAGCAAAGGGUACCAGAUUAAUAAAAGAAUCAAAGAUCAAUUGAAAGUAAAAAUGGAUGAUAUAAUUUGUUCAUUGCCAGAUGACUUGAAAAAUGUCUUGUCAAAUAAGAAGCUAUCUAGCAGAUGAUAUACUUCCAUGUAUAAAUUUAGACGAAGAAUAAUUUAAAUAAUUUAGAUAAUAUCAAUACCAUCUCAUUAAUUGUAUCUGUAUUCAUCCUGACUUGAAUAUGUACAUUAAUCAUCAGUUUUAAAAUUGAUAUUAUCAUUAUUCCAUAGUUAUAUAUUUUUUACAAACAUGUUACAGUUUAAUACAUUUUUAAGUAUCAAAACAUUGUCUAAAUAAUUUCAUUGACAUUUAUCAGUUAUGAAUUCCUAAUUUUACAUUUUUGUUGAAAUCAAGUACAGAUAUUUUAGAGUAAAUAAUAUUCGUACUGCCUUAAUUUUUUAUAAUACUAUCUUGGUUCUUCCAGGAAAUAAGCUGAUUAAUUUUUGUCUAUAUAAUGUUAUAUAUUAUUAUGGUGCAUGUUUUAAAUGUUUCCUAUAAAUAUAAAAUGUUAUUAUAUGAAAGACUUAGUAUUAUAAAUAGUUGAGUUGUUAAUUUCAGAGUAAAAGUUAUGUUUUUUUCCAAUAAAUAUUAUAGCGUGUUAAA